AUGUUUAAGAAGCUGGGAAGGUAACUGUAAAUGAGAUCCCUUUAUUAACGGCCAACUUUCCUUAACAAAGCCAUUCUUAUUCAUAUAAACAGAACACAAUAGAAAAAGCAAAGCCUAUCUCACACGCUAUACAAACACAGAAACAUCUUUAAACCCAAGAAAAUCAAAACUCAAAUCUAAACUAUAAUGGCAGAUUUAGAGGCUACAGUAGUAGUGAUGCCUAAGGUCGUAACCUUUCUCUCUUCUCUUCUCCAAAGAGUAGCAGAAUCGAACGAUCUUAGCCAUCAGCUACACCCUCAAAGGAUCUCUGUCUUUCAUGGCCUAACAAGGCCUAGCAUAUCGGUACAGAGUUAUCUUGAAAGAAUCUUCAAGUAUGCCAAUUGCAGUCCUUCUUGCUUUGUCAUUGCCUAUGUUUACCUUGAUCGGUUUGCCCAGAGACAACCUUCUUUUCCUAUCAAUUCUUUCAAUGUUCAUAGGCUGCUCAUUACCAGUGUCUUGGUUUCAGCAAAGUUCAUGGAUGACAUAUAUUACAACAAUGCCUACUAUGCAAAAGUCGGUGGGAUCAGCACAUCAGAGAUGAAUAUUCUUGAAGUGGAUUUCUUGUUUGGUUUAGGCUUCCAAUUAAAUGUGACACCAAACACCUUCCACACUUACUGCUCUUACCUCCAAAGAGAAAUGUUGGUGCAAUCUUCUCAACAUCAAUUAGUAGAACCUCCUCUAAAUAUGGCAAGGGCAUUAAAAAUCCAUUGCUGUUUCAGUGAAGAUGAGUCCACCCAUCAAAAGCAACUUGCUGUGUAGAUAACUAGGAAGUUGAAGUUGGAUUAGUGAUUUUUUUUCUUUUGUGUAUUAAAAGAAAACUUAGUAGGUUUAUAGCAAAUAGUAUUGUAGGGGAUCUUUCUCAUGUGGGAUAUAGGAUUUUUCCACAUGCAUUCUGCUUUGACAUCCAGUCCAAACCCUCAUUUGGCUUUCCAUGAUUUAAACCAGUGUGCUUUUUUAACACAUGUUCACCCUCAUCAUGCUUCAAUUUCUUUAGUUAACUGAAUUCUUCUCCUUCCUUA